AUGGAGCGGGCACAGAAGCACAGACACACCCGCCUCUGCUCGCCCUUUCUGCCCCUGCCCGUACUGAAGCACCGUCAGCACCAGCCACCGGGACCAUGUGAGAUGCUCUGCGGGGAUUCUGCUCCCACGGCCGGCCUCAGCAUGUCGGUCCGCCGCCCGCGGGGCCGAGCCACAGUGACUCACGCCGUCAUCGUCAUCUUCUUGGAGUUCUUUGCCUGGGGCCUCCUGACCACGCCCAUGCUCACGGUUCUCAAUGAGACGUUCCUGCAGCACAUGUUCCUCAUGAACGGACUGAUCCAAGGCGUGAAGGGUUUCCUGUCAUUCCUCUCUGCGCCUCUGAUCGGAGCCCUGUCCGACAUCUGGGGCAGAAAGUCCUUUCUGCUGAUCACAGUGUUCUUCACGUGCGCGCCCAUCCCCUUCAUGAGACUCAACCCCUGGUGGUACUUUGCCCUGAUCUCUGUGUCUGGGAUCUUCUCUGUCACGUUCUCAGUGAUCUUUGCGUAUGUAGCCGACAUCACAGAGGAACAUGAGAGGAGCACAGCCUACGGUCUGGUGUCGGCCACGUUCGCCGCGUCCCUCGUCACGUCUCCGGCCAUCGGGGCGUUCCUCUCUCAACGUUUCGACGACAGUGUUGUGGUGCUGGUCGCCACGGUUAUCGCAGUGCUCGACAUCGCCUUUGUCUUCUUCCUUGUGCCGGAGUCUCUCCCGGAGAAGAUCCGGUCCACAGAGUUCUCCUGGCAGCAGGCCGACCCCUUUAACUCGCUGCGGCGCGUGGGACAGGACCCCACCGUGCUGCUCAUCUGCGUCACAGUGUUCCUCUCCUAUCUCCCCGAGGCCGGACAGUACUCCAGCUUCUUCCUCUACCUCAAACAGGAGAUUCAUUUCACUCCGGCUGCCAUCGCUGCCUUCAUCGCCAUGGUGGGCAUCCUCUCCAUCAUCGCUCAGACGGUGCUGCUGAGCGUUCUGAUGAGGACCAUAGGGAACAAGAAGACCGUUCUUCUGGGUUUGUUCUUUCAGAUCAUUCAGUUGAUCUGGUACGGCGUCGGCUCUCAGCCCUGGAUGAUCUGGGCCGCGGGGACCAUCGCGGCGCUCUCCUCCAUCACGUUUCCUGCCGUGUCUGCCCUGGUCUCACACUGCGCCUCUGCAGAGCAACAAGGCGUGGUGCAGGGCAUGAUCACUGGCAUCAGGGGGCUGUGUAACGGCCUCGGUCCUGCUUUGUACGGAUUCAUCUUCUUCCUGUUUAACGUGGAACUCAGUGAUGUGGAGCAGCCGGCUCUGAGCCCCCCCCCAGAGACCCCGCUGGUCCCUGGGCCUCCGUUCUUGAUCGGAUCGGGCUUGGUUUUCGUCGCCGUCUGUGUUGCCUUCUUCAUUCCUGAAAACCACAAACUGUCAGACGCCGCAAAGUCGGGCACCGCCGCACACGCUCAAAACGUCUCUGCUCUGGCCACGCCCGUGAGCGACACGGAGGACAUUGAGCCCCUCCUCCAGGACACGGUCAUGUGA